AUGAUUGCGCUUGAUGGCACUGAAAACAAAGAAAAAUUAGGUGCAAACGCAACAUUGGCUGUAUCUUUAGCGGCUGCACGCGCGGCUGCUGUUGAGAAGAAAACUGAAUUGUUCCAAUACAUUGCAGAUCUUCGUGGUCAAACAACUUUGUCUAUGCCUGUUCCAAUGAUGAACAUCUUGAACGGUGGCGCACAUGCGGAUAACACUGUUGAUAUUCAAGAAUUCAUGAUUGAGCCUUUGGUGAUGAAGGUGGUUUUGCACCUAACUUACGUUCAAAUGAAGAAGCAAUUACUGUUAUUCUUUCUGCAAUUGAAACAACUGUUUUCGCAUAGUUUAGUGUUCUUCAUACAAAAUAUUUGA